AGAGAAAGAGAGAGAGCAGCUUUCAUUCCGGCACUUCUCAGCAUCCAGUCUCUGAGACAGCGUUCUAGAGAGUAGAGCUACAAAAUAAGGUACAUUGGAGAGGGAAAAAAUCUAAGGAGGAAAUCGAGGGAAAUAAAUUACAAGAAUAGUUUGCUAUCCACUACUAACUCCUAUCGGGUGGUGAGAGGUGUCAAAGUUUGCACUCUGGGGGACCCCCCCCCCCCCCCCCAUGCUGGGCUGAACAGAGGACAGCUCCCGUUUUCUAGGUGUGGAGAGCACAGACUGCCUGUAGUCACUUUCGGGGGAGCCAGUGCGCACUAGGAGUGUUCUCCAUCUGUGGAUCUCGCACUUCAUCGCUGCCUGCCUGCAACACGGGAGGAGAAGAUCCAAUCAGUGUUUGGGUUUAAUAAGGUGGAAUACCAGGGGGGACACAACAGAAAAGAUACAGCACAACCUGGGAAAUAAAGGAAGUAGGAGCACACAGCAGUGAAGGACAUCCUUCAGAGGAGGAAAAAUAACGUUUUACGGAAUUUUGAAUUCAGAGGCUCCUGUUCCAGGGGGACUUGGGCAGCAUAAUUUUAUUUUUGGGAGGAGCAGCUCUCAGCUUCAGUCAGCUAAUCUUGUGGACUAUAGGAUCCUGGAUGGCAUGUCAAGGUAAGGACCUAUCUUCACUCUCCCGGUGUAUCAGCAAGCCAGCCAGCUACUGCUCAGAUUAGGUAACGGCAACACUCAGCAGCAGAUGAAAAGAGAGAGAAGAAGCAGACGGAAAGACUGACUCUUCAACGGUCCCUCAUCGUCUCUAGCCAGAAAGGAAACAUGUUGUCCGCCCAUGUUUUGAUAUGACAUCGGAAUCUUGGAAUAAGUGACCUGUGAAUUCCGUUGGCACUGGGGAUUUUUAAGGACUGCUCAACUACUCUUCAGUCACACUGUAUGGACAUCUACUAUCAGAGGCCUUGCCAGAAGCCUGAAAAACAGUAAUAACUGGGGGAAAUACAACAGACCAUGGCUGAGAGGAUGAUUGCUUCUCAAAGUGAGCCGUGACAGAAUGGUCGACUGUAUGAGCAAAGUCAUGCUGCACACAGCCCUCUCAUGCUGGCAACCGUUCCUGGGACUGGCUCUAGUGGCCGUCUUUGUGGGUUCUGCCCUGGGAUGUCCCGCCCGCUGUGACUGCUCAGCCCAGAGCAAGUCGGUCAUGUGCCACCGCAAACGCCUACCGAGCAUCCCAGACGGCAUCCCCAUCGAGACCAGGAUCCUGGACCUGAGCAAGAACAAGCUGCAGGCCGUCAACCCAGAUGACUUUGCCCCCUACCCUGGACUAGAGGAUCUGGACCUCAGUGGGAACAUUAUCAGCUAUGUGGAACCGGGGGCCUUCAACCCUCUGUACAGUAUGCACUCGCUCAGUCUCAAAAGCAACCGCAUCAAGCUUAUUCCCCUGGGGGUCUUCACAGGCUUAUCCAACCUCACACGGCUGGAUGUCAGCGACAACAAGAUUGUCAUCCUGCUGGACUACAUGUUCCAGGACUUGCACAACCUGAAGUUCCUGGAGGUGGGUGACAAUGACCUGGUGUACAUCUCCCACCGGGCCUUCAGUGGACUGCUGAGCCUACAGACACUAACCCUGGAGAGAUGCAACCUAACAGUGGUGCCCACUGAGGCCCUGUCCCAUCUGCACAACUUGGUCAGACUUCACCUCCGAUACCUCAGCAUCAGCACAUUGCAAGCCUACUCCUUCAAGAAGCUUUUCCGGCUGCGCCACCUGGAGAUUGACAGCUGGACCUCGCUGGACAGUGUGCCAGCCAACACGCUACACAGCCUCAACCUGACCACGCUUUUCAUCACCAACACUAACCUGUCCACCUUCCCAUACCAGGCCCUAAAGCACCUGCACUACCUAACACACCUCAACCUGUCCUUCAACCGCAUCAGACACAUCGAGGGGGGAAUGCUGUUUGAGUUGGUGCGCCUGAGGGAACUUCAUCUAGUUGGGGCCCAGUUGUCGACCAUUGAACCGUACGCAUUUCAGGGCCUCCGGUGGCUCAAAGUCCUCAAUGUUUCCCACAACCAUUUGGACACCCUGGAGAAGGGUGUCUUCCAAGCCCCUGAGGCUCUGGAGGUCCUCUUGAUCGACGACAACCCCCUGGUGUGUGACUGUCGCCUCAUGUGGAUCCUGCAGAAAAGGCACUCCAUCUUCUUUGGUGACUCGCAGCCAGAGUGCAGCACCCCUGAGGGUAUCCGCGGAAGGCCUUUCAGGGAAUUCAAGGAGACCCUGCUAUCCUAUUACGUGACAUGCACCAAGCCAAAAAUCCGUGAGAACAAGACACAGACGAUAGCAGUGGACGAGGGCCAGUCAGCGAAACUACACUGCAGUGCUGAAGGGAUCCCCAGGCCGGUGGUGUCGUGGCUGUCCCCACGCCGGCGCCUCCUCACCAACAAGAGCUACGGUAGAGUCAAGGUCCACAACAAUGGGACGCUGGAGAUCAAGGUGGCCGAGGUGCAGGACGGGGGCGUGUACCUUUGCAUGGCAACCAACACGGCGGGUAACGACUCAUUGAUGGCCUCCCUAGCAGUGAAAAGCCUGGGGUCGCUCUACGCAAACAGGACCCAGUACUACACAGAUCCCAGCAACGCCACUACCAAUGGGACUAGCAACGUGACCUACGGCUUGGACCUAAAGACUAUCUUAGUGUCGACAGCAAUGGGAUGUUUCACAUUCCUGGGGGUGGUCUUGUUCUGCUUUCUGCUACUGUUCGUUUGGAGCCGGGGCAAGGGAAAGCAUAAAAACAACAUAGAUAUUGAAUAUGUCCCUCGGUCCAAGUCUAAUGGCACUUCUGUAGAUGGAGGGGCAGAGGGACAAGCUGGACCUCAUCGCUUUAACAUGAAAAUGAUCUAACACGGUUUGUGAAUCUGGGAAUCCAUAUGUUGGGAAUGCUCUAAGGAUUAUGUAUUUUUAUUGCAAAUGGAACAACAUCUCCCACUACUUCAGGAGAAUGCUCCCGGGCAAUUCUAUUGUAACAGAGUGGUACUGAGGCUCAGAUUUUUCACUUUGAAAUGUAUGCCAAACAAAAACCAAUGAUUGCAAAGUUAAACAAAACCUACAACUCUAUGCACAAGGACUAGUUUUAUUAAUUUCCACAGACAUUUUUACAAACACACUUGAAGAACAUUGCAAAUGCAACGUUUGGUAACAGAAUGACGGAACCAACAGCACAAACCAUCAUUCUGUGGCCAAACUUUGCAUCUGCACUGUUCUUCAAUUAAAUGUAUUUUUGUAAAAACAAAAAUGUGAAAAUUGUUUAAAGCAGUUCUUGUGCAUAGAGUUCUAUGGUUUGUUUAACUUUGCAGUCAUUGUUUUUUGUUUGACAUACAUUUUAUAGGUAACAUUGAAGUACCUUACUGUGAUUGUUUUCAAUUAAAGAAACAAAAAUUGCAAUUUCUCAAGCAAGGACUGUCUGGGAGUGGUCAAAGUGGAGAGGGGGAAACUGAUAAUUAGCUUUUAUUGGCAGAGAGGUUUGUAACUCUUUCUUAUUGGUCUAUUAACUAAUUUAACGCCAGGUGGUGUCACCAGAAUGGCCAAAACUCCAUCCCACCAAAACAGGCUGAAAUUUCUCUUACACUAAAAGGCAUUACCAUACUAUUCACAAUUUCACAGUAUUAUUUCAACUUCAUAGUGUGGAAAUAUAUAUAAAAGGAAAAUAACUGGAGAAUCACUUUUUUGACUGCACUGGGCCCUUUAAAGUGAAGAAAUCAGAGUAUCAGGAUCACCUUUUGGUUUACUAGGAAUGGAAAAAGUACUGCAGAGUGCCAUAACAGGACACAGGAGUGCAAUCCCCAACUAUGGCAUCUUAUUGGAUACAAUGCCAGGACAUUGUGACAAAUGUUCUUGUUGUUGCUAGUGAGCUUGUCCACAACGGAUCCUCCGAAAUGAUCUGAAUCUCUACCCAGGGGACCCGAAAGGAACAGGUGUCAUAAUCAAGCUUUUCAAAUUCUAUUUACAUGCCCAAGUCCAGUAUUGGGUUUAAAGACACUACAGAACCGUGUACAGUACACAUUUUUAUCUAAAGGUAUUACUCUUAUUGGUUUGGUCUUGCACCAUGCUUACUCACCGAACAGAUUGAUGAAACAGAGCAUUCCCUCCAACCAUAAUCUUUGCAUAUAUGUACUUAAUGCUUCAUUAUGUACAGGUAUGUACAUACUCAUUUAAACAAACUGUUCAUAGCAAUACUCAUGGGAUACAAUGUCAGCCAAAAUCUCAAUUCCCCCACCUAACAAGCAAAAUGGUAACUCUUCACUUCUGAAAUUGUCCAAGAAUAUAGGAAAGGGCUUCUACAGGAUUGCAAUGUCACACUGGAGAAAAGAUAUCCCUGUUCCCCAAAUAUACCCCUAGAUAUUGAAGAUAUUUUUGUUUAUUGUCAACCAUAAAGGAAAAAGAUUUUAUUUAUCAAAGUGGUUUGAGGGUUUUACAAAAGUGAGUAUCAUAACACUAUUCUGGGAGAAAUAAUCACAUUUGAUGAUUUAGAAGUUGACAUAUUGGUCAGAGAACCUACAUGGACCACUUUUCUGUCCUUUUCUUGUCUCUUUUUAUUCCUUUGACUGUAACCUUUGCCUGAUGGCAAAAUACGUGUCCAGCUUACUACAGUGAAGUUGUCAUCUUUUCUCCCCAGUAAAACAUUUGGACUUUGUUGUGGUAGUUCCUCAUUUUUGUUGUUGAAUCAUUUAGAUUGUGAAAAGUUCAAAGUAAAAUAAAAAAAUCAUGUAUGUGAAAUAAAAUAAUAUUUAUUUGUA